AUGGCUUCUUCAUCCUCCAACGUUGUCGGCGUCCACUACAGAGUGGGCAAGAAGAUCGGCAGGGUUCCUUCGGUGUCAUCUUCGAGGGAGCCAAGGAAGAGCGAUGCCCCCCAGCUUCGCGAUGAGUACCGGACAUACAAAAUUCUGGUCGGAUGCCCCGGCAUUCCGAACGUGUACUACUUCGGCCAGGAAGGCCUGCACAACAUCCUGGUCAUCGACCUCCUCGGCCCCUCGCUCGAGGACCUCUUUGACCAUUGUGGCCGCCGCUUCAGCUUGAAGACCGUCGUCAUGGUUGCCAAGCAAAUGCUCUCCCGCGUGCAAACAAUCCACGAAAAGAACCUCAUCUACCGCGAUAUCAAGCCCGACAACUUCCUGAUUGGCCGUCCCGGCACCAAGGCCGCUAAUGUCAUCCACGUCGUCGACUUCGGCAUGGCGAAGCAGUACCGCGACCCCAAGACCAAGCAGCACAUCCCCUACCGCGAGCGCAAGUCUCUGUCGGGCACGGCCCGCUAUAUGAGUAUCAACACCCACCUCGGCAGGGAGCAGUCUCGCCGUGACGAUCUCGAGGCCCUCGGCCACGUCUUCAUGUACUUCUUGCGCGGAGGUUUGCCCUGGCAAGGUCUCAAGGCUGCUACGAACAAGCAGAAGUACGAGAAGAUUGGCGAGAAGAAGCAGACCACCCCGAUCGAGGAGCUCUGCAGGGGCUUCCCGCCGCAGUUCGCCGAGUACCUGACCUACGUCCGCAACCUCGGCUUUGAGGACACCCCUGACUACGACUACCUGCGCGACCUCUUCACUCAGGCGGCCAAGGAUGAGGGCAUCGUCGAGGAUGGCGAGUACGACUGGAUGAAGAAGCCGGACCGGAAGGGGGACUGGAACAAGCAACAGUUGCACGACCCAAACUCCCGGCCCGGGGCUUCGGCCAUGGAGAUCCAUGGCAAUUCACGGGGGAACACAACGCGCCACCAAAGCGACCCGCAAGCCCCGGGCUUGACAGCGGCUCGUUUAAACGCGAGCCAACCCCCGCUGCCGCGCCAGGCACUACAGUCGCCGCCGCAGAGUCCCGGGCGGCCAAACGGCUCCGGACUGGCCAACCCGCGCUCGCCCGCGGCCCCGGGCGGCUACAUGGGCAUGCAGGCUCAGACCCCCAACAGCUCGGCGGUUGCCCAGUAUCAGACCAGCACCCAGAAUCUUCAACAGCAGCGGCCUAUGACCCAUACUCCGGUGGCCAAUACCCCCCAAACCCAGACCCAGCCCCAGAAUAACAACAACGCCGCCCAGCAGCCACAGCCAACUGGGUUUCAGAAGUUCAUGAAGACGCUCUGCUGUGGUUAG